AUGGCGACCUCCGUACUCAUCGCGCGCUUGAUUCAGCUUCGGUGCGUGCUGGUGGUCGAGUCCCAAACUGCGAAUGAGGCCUGGCAGGAGGAUGAUAUUCUCAGAGCGACGGCAACGACCUUGCCAGGAUAUCGGACGACAGAUCAUCGAUGGUGCAGCUACUUAACGUCAGGCAAAGACAUGGCCCCGACGACCAGCCAGAGAUUCUUUUCCAACCUGGACCUGCUGCCCGACCCGUGCAGCUGCGGUCGUAAGAUUUCAGAUCAUCGUAGAUCGGCAGGGUUGGAACACGUUCAGCUUGAAGGUCAGUUUCUUACCGUAUUCUGGCAGAAUAGACUCCGAGACAAGCUGUGCGAUGCUGUUCGAGGAGAGGUACAUGACGAUAAUGAUAAGGACCGAGCUGCACGUUACCCGCAGACGGGACCGGAUGAGCCCGUUGAUUCCCACAUGGUGGUGACGAAAUCGAUGACGGUCAGUUUCUAUCCGACCGACUCGGCCAAGGCCUACAAGGAGAAGCUGAAGUCCAGGAAGGCCGAGGGACACGAACCGAAGAAGAAGGUCAAGAGGAUUAUAGAUCCCGACGUCAUGGAUGACUGUGGCGAGGACCUCGGAGAGCUCAACUACCUACAGAACGAGGAGGUGUGCUGGUGGGAGAUGCCGGACAACGAGGUGGAGGUUUACUAUCUGGAACCGAGCGAGUUCAAGACGGAUGAUAUCAUCGGAAGACUCAGAGAUGAACGUCCUCCAGAUCGAGAACGACAUUUCCUUGGCAUCCCAUCGGGUCGAUCCUUCCUGAAUCACCUAAAGCAGACCGAGAACCGUUUCUUCGUAGAUGUCGCUGAAAUCAUGGGAGGAGAAGGACGCACCACUCAGCUACUCGUUCGACGACAUUACGUAGGAGGUCGUAAUUUUGAUGCUCUCAUGGGCGUAGAUCUCCUCCAGCGGGACGAGGAGAUGGAGCUCUACCAAUAUUUGAAGGAGGAGCGACCCUUUGUGUUGGUGAUGGCUCCUCAAUGUACUGGUACCGCGGGAUGGUGCACGGUAAACGAGUCGAUGGGCAGCGAGGUGCAUCGUCGUAAUGCGGAGGCAUCUUUCAGGCUAGGACAGAUUUGUGCGAAGGCAGCCCAUAUUCAGUUGGACGGAGGACGCCACUACGUCAAUGAGUUGCCGAGGGGAAGUCGUAUUUAUCGAACUCCAGAAUGGAUGGAUCUGGCACGUAAGAAUCUCACUUGGGUUCAGUUCAACAUGUGUAUGCUGGGACUUGUCAACUCGAAGAAGGAGCCCUUGAACAAGCCGGAGGAGGUAUGGGCGAGUCACGAGGUGCUGAUUUAUCGGCUGCGCUCCAAGGAGUGUGAUCGUCAGCAUCGGCAUGGGGAAUGCUCUGGACGGGACACCAAGCCUUCCCAGGUAUGGACCUGGCAAUUCGCUCGUAUCUUGGCCGAUGGAAUCUCAGAGUUGAUAUGGCUUCACGAAUUGGACCUGAGGAAGUUGAUCUAUCCAACAGUAAUGGCGUACCCGAGGAUGAAUGGCGAAGGACUCCAGCAGCAGAGGCAGCGGCAGCAAGUGCUCCUCCGCCACCGCCCGCACCAGAAGCAGCGGUUGAUCCGCGUGCUCGUCGAGCGGCGAUCGGACCUCAUUUAUGUCCCGGAUGUCGGAGAAAUCGAGUCAGCACGCAUCCGACACACAAUCGCAUCCCGGGACAGUGUCGACAUCCGCUGGUACAACCGCUGGAGUACAAUUGUCCCGCAUGCAGAACGGGUCGAGAUCGGCACGAUCCCCGACACACUUUCGACACAGACUAUCCGCGAGUACCGGCAGCACGAGCGGCAGGUGCUGGACAUCGAGUACAUCCUCGAGCAGGAGAAGAAGAGGAGGACGCAGCCCCACAUCCUGAAGCCGGACCCUCAGGUGCUGCUUCGGCCGCAGCUCGGGAAGGCGAUGAUGACGUACAACCUCAUCCUGAAGCUGGACCCUCUGGAGCGGCUCCGGAUGCAGCAGCGGAGGAAGCCAUUCUUCCUGCAGGAGGACCAGGACCUCCGGCCGGGGCAAGCGGAGACGAGGUUCUGCGGCAAAUUGAUGUUCACGUCCCUCAUGGUGGAGGUCCUCAUCAAAUGCCCGACUUUCCAGCACCGCGCGGUCAGGUACGGCCGCGCGAUCCGCAUGACGUGGACGAACGAUCGGAUCGAUGGCAUCGCUGGCCUACACCAGAGGACAGAGUUUAGUUUCUUUCGCGCUAUCCUUGACAACCGAUCACCGCCUGACGCAGAGUACUGGUUAGAUUCCCGAGUGUUGGAAGCUGUUGAGGUGGCUACUCAUCUUGAGAAUACAGAAAGGGAGACGCAAGCUCUGGAGGUGGAGUUUGGAUCAGAGAUUUCCAGGCUUGUGAUCAUGACCACCGAUGCGCACGACUUGCCCAAGUCUGAGAUCUUUUCUCUCUUUGCGAACGACGAGAGCCACCGCAUUAUUCUGUCCGUCAACUCGACGGGGAAGACCAAGAUGGUUAUUGAACGAGAGGCUGACGAACUCAGCAAGGAUGACCUGAUUAAGCAUCGAGUGGAGGUGGAAAAGGCUAUGUCGAAGGAGCUAGGCAACUGGAUCGAGUUGGGCACGCUCAAGCAACGAAGCAGGCAAGGAUGCACCAACUUGAUGGACUCUCGAUGGGUUAUCCGCUGGAAGAAGCAGCCAGACGGCAAGUUGGCAGUCAAAGCGCGACUAUGCAUCAAGGGCUUCAAAGAUAUGCAGCAGGAUCGUCUGGACACUUUCAGUGCGACUGCCUCCAGGCAAAGCCAGAGGAUAGUGAACUUCAUCGCGGCAAGUCGCCCCAAGUGGAUGUUGUGGUCCUGUGAUGUUGGCAGCGCAUUUCUGAAGGGACUCACAUUUCAAGAUGUGGCAGAUAUGACAGGGGAACCUCUCAGAACCGUUCAGUUGGACCUGCCCAAGGACACGGUAAAGAUCGCAAGGCAGUUUGAACCGCUAUCCAACUAUGAUGUGAGUCGGCAUUGCUUGGAGAUGGUACGUCCAGGUUUCGGUCUCAAGGACGCGCCAAGGCUAUGGAAUCUCAGGCUAAAACAAGUAAUGACAAAGCUUCAGCUCUUGCCGUUGGUGACCGAUUCUCAAUUUUAUUGCAAAUGGGCUGGCCCUCGAUGCGAACCGGUACCUCGUGAGCUGGUACCCAUGCACGCUGACAAGGAUGCGGCUCGAGGCACAGACGUGUUGUUCACUGACCCGGACACAGCAAUUGAGGAUCUGCAGAUGGUGUGCAGUACCCACGUGGACGAUCUCAAGGGAGCUUCGACCGAACCGAUUGCUGACGCCUUCAUGGACGCUCUUGAGUCGGAGUUCGGAAAACUCACAAGGCAGAAGAGAAGGCACCAGCGGAACCUCACCUUUUGUAUUUGCUGCGAGCUCUACGUGAUAGACUUGAAGCAGGUACUCUCUGUAAGCUCUGGUGGGUGGGCUCUCAGGACUGGCACGCUCGGCGUGCACGUCUCACCCUUGCCGGCGGACGCGCUGGCAGAGCUGGACAGCUACGACCCUCGGGAGGCCGCAGGCGGCACGGUCUCCAAGGGCAGACGCCUACGGAGGCUCCGCGCCCCGCCCAGAGUGGCCACCCGCCGGCCCUCGCCCGGGGCCCGCUUCGGGACGCGCGGCCAGGGCGCCCGGCGCCACCGCCUCUGCGCGCGGCCGGUGCGCCUCCCGGGCCGGCCCGCCGCUGCGCGGCGCCGCGCGGUGGCGGUGCGCUACGAGGGCAGCGCCGCGGAGGCCGCGGAGGCCGCCGCCGUGGCCGAGCGGCUGGGCCUGGGCGCGCCCCGCCCCGGGCCACUGCCGCCGCUGCUGCUGGGCGUCGGCGUCGGCGUGAGCCCUUGGGAUGCUCUCCGGCAGCAGCGCGUCGCCCAGGGUAUAACAUCUCACCCCGAGCCGUGCCGCCGGCGUUUCUUCACCAUGGACCUCUCAUUCCAGGAUUGCCCCACGUACCGUGCGAGCGUGGCGGCGGCUCCAGGGGUGCCGCCGGUGGCCGGCGGGCCGCCCUUUUUGCUGCUGGACAAGGGCGCGUGGUGCGUGGUGGUGGCCGGCCUCGGGCCCAAGGGCGCGCCGCUGCGCUUCUCGCUGGCGCUCGGCGGCCCGGACCUGCCGGCGCAGCAGAGCCGCAGGCUCCAGGAGCCGCCCUCGGCGCACCCGCUGUUCGCGGCGCUGGGGCGCCCCUGCCCCGGGGCCCUCGAGGUGGUCGACGCCACGGGCGGCUUCGGCUCCGACGCGCUGCUCAUGGCCGCGUGCUUCGGCUUGGCUGUUACUGUGGUGGAGCGGAACCCAAUGACAUUCUUUCUUCUCGAGGAUGCCGCUCGCCGCGCGGCGCCGCCCCAGCAGGAGACCGUCUUCAGCGGCCCAGUGCUGCGAGGUGCGGCCGAGGAAGUCUUGCCGUCCCUGCGCGACGGCCAGACCGACAUCGUUUAUCUGGACCCGAUGUUUCCACGCACUGGGCGGCGGAAGUCGAAACCCGACUUGGCCAUGCAGGUGCUGGGAGCGUUGUGCGACAUGACGCCGGGCUGGUCGCCGCCGCCGGGCGGGGACGCUGGCGGAGAGGCGGAGCUGCUGCGCGCGGCCAGGCAGGCCGCACGGCAGAGGGUCGUGGUGAAGCGGGCGGCCAAUAGCAGUCAUUUUGGCGGGCUCCGCCCUGACGGCCAGCACAUCGGAAAGACCAACAGGCGCAGGACGAACAGGAGCAGCACGAGAAGCAGCAGCACUACAAAGACUCGCGCUGGAAGACCGACCUCUGCCGCUACUGGGCCAAAGGCUUCUGCAAGCAGGGCGAGCGCUGCAACUACGCGCACGGCGAGGACGAGCUGCAGAACAACUGGGGGGGCAAGAGCUACUGGGGCAAGGGCC